AGAGGCAAGAUUAAGGAAAUACAAACUGAGUUUUGACCUGUGAAAUCAUGUGUUGACAAGAUUUUUGCUGCAAGGAUAGUUGCUGAAGAGACCAUUGAAUGAUACAAGCUGCUCAUCACUGAACUGAAGUUUUAAGAAAGCCUUCUCUGUCUUCUAAUUCAGUCUGGAGCAUGUUGAUGUCGUGGCAUGAAAUGAUGAAUAGCAUCAGUGCAGAAGGCACAGAUACGGUGAAUGUAAACUUGAGCAGCUGGCGUCACGCAGAUCCCAGUUUCAGAUCCUACGAAGCUGUUUCCCCUGCUAUGAUGCCAGGGCAGAUCCCCGACCCGUCCCUGACGGCCGGCGCACUGCCUGGGCUUGGCCCCUUGACAGGACUGCCUGGCACAGCCCUGACCGCCGAGGAGCUAAAGUACGCUGACAUCCGCAACAUUGGGGCCAUGAUCUCACCACUUCACUUCCUGGAGGUGAAACUUGGGAAGAGACCCCAGCCUGUGAAAAGUGAGCUGGAUGAGGAAGAGGAGAGGAGGAAAAGGCGUCGAGAGAAAAACAAAGUAGCAGCAGCACGAUGUCGUAACAAGAAGAAGGAGAGGACGGAGUUCCUGCAGCGGGAGUCCGAGCGUCUAGAGCUCAUGAAUGCUGAGCUGAAGGCCCAGAUAGAAGAGCUGAAACAAGAGAGGCAGCAGCUGAUCCUGAUGCUGAACCGGCACCGUCCCACCUGCAUCGUGCGGACAGACAGCAUCAAGACGCCCGAGAGCGAAGCCAACCCACUGCUGGAGCAGCUAGAGAAGAAGUGAAGGUGGCACUGGGCCAGGAGGAGAAGACAGUGGUGCAGGGUCUUCCAGGGUCUCUAAUGUAUGUACUGUAUGAAGAACUGUGCACCCAGGCCUGGUGCAGCCAGGACCCAGUGGGCUUCCUUGGGAACUAUGGACCAAACAAAUAUGGGGACAGAGAAGAUCAGGAACCUGUCAACCAUGUACUCUGAGGCUGAACCCGGGAGCAGGGCUAGUGGCGCCGGUGAGGGCAACCUCCCUGUGAUACCUCAUCCCUGCCCUUCAGUCUGCUCGUGGCUCCAGGGACGCACGUCCCACCAGGACCACACGCCUUGUGGGGAGCAGGGCCCGCAGGCGGAGGAGCGUGGCUGCGUGAUGCCUGCCGGCGCCCUGCCCAGAGGCUGCUGCCGCUCCUGGCACACGCUCCGGAGGGAAACACGAACCCAAGAACCGCAAACACUUGAUGCAGCCCCGUCUGGUGGGCAGGCCUGUCGGGGCUUGGUGGCGCAGGCGCCCCCCACAAGCACACUCUCAGUAUAAUGUUUACAGCCCAGCUGUCCAUGUCGGCCGUGCUUUUGAAUGCACAUUUUUACACUUUUUUAAAGUAUUUUUUACAAAGUUUUUAUACAGCAAUCUCUAUAUGGAUUUAUAUAAUCACUAGAUGUGAUCCCAUAGAAGUGUAUGUUAUGAUGGUCUGUUUGUUACAAACACAUAUGCCACAGUUAUCUCCAUUGUGUUACGUGUCUGGCUCCUUCCCCAGUGUGCUGGGAAAGGGGUCUAAGCCGCCCUCCGCAGUGGUGUCGCUACCCUUUCCAUCCAUGUAUGUCCUUCAUAAUACUCAGUUCUGUAUCUUGCAGUAAAUGUUACCU